AUGCUCAUCCCCGUAGCCAUGACCGCCUCCUCCACGUCCACAGCCACCAUGACAAUCCCCGCCGCUGUGGCCACCACCACCACCCUCACAGCCACCGACGACACCCUCUCCCUCCUCGCCCAAAGCUACCUCCACAGCCCGCAGCACCUCAACACCUACGUGCUCCCGCAGUUCCGCCAUCGCCUCGCCCUCAUGUCCAAAUUCAACAUCCCGGCGGGCUCCAAGGUCCUCGAGCUCGGCUGUGGCCAAGGCGAGACCACCCUGGUGCUCGCACACCUCGUCGGCCCCACCGGCCACAUCACCGGCGUCGACCCAGCCCGCCUCGACUACGGCCACCCCAUCACCGUCUCUGCCGCCCGCAACCACAUCCUGUCCUCACCGCUCGGCGGCCGCAUCUCGUUUCAUGCUACGGACCCGCACACAUACCUGUCCACCCUGCCGGCGGGGCACAACUUCGACUUCAUCAUACUGAGCCACAGUCUGUGGUACUUCCCAUCCAAGGCAACCGUGCUCGAGAGUCUGACUGCGCUGAGGCCAUACGCCCCGAAGUUGCUGGUCGCGGAGUAUAGUUUUGAAGGGACGCUGAAGGAGCAGCAGCCCCAUGUGCUGGCGGCGAGGUGUCAGGCGGUGUUUUAUGAUGCGAAGAACCCGGUGCAGCGUGCGGCGACGGAGCCAAAUUUUUGGGACGAGGUGGAGAGCGUCUUGGUGGGGAAGGAGGAGGUGAAGAAGGAGGUGGAGAGAUUGAAGGGGGAGACGAGGGUGGAGUUGGAAAGGGUGAAUGCGGAGGCGGGGGUGAGUGAGGAGAAGGAUGUGAGUAGGUGUAGGACGAUGGAUGUGUGGUGGGCGGAGUUUGAGAGGGUGUAG